AUGCGCCGUGAGACUUUGCUGCGCUUCUGGCCUUUGAGGCGCAUGGUCCCGUUGAUGGCCGCCGCCGCCGGCUCGCACCAUUUGCGCCCCGCCGUAAUGGCCAGCCGGGGGCACUUUGACUCAGCGGCGUCCUCAAUCGCUUCCAACUCCACGACGUCGUUCUCCUCAUCCAUGUCGGCGCCGUUCCUCUCGGAGAGUGACCGCAAGCUUGUGCCGCAGGUGAAGGGUGGCACGGCGGCUGAUGCUACAGCUGUCACGAAUGGACCCCCUGCCGAGCCGGCAACUGGUGAUGGUGAUGCUGCUGCUGCUGCUGCCACUCCUGAUGAGGAGCGUGGCAGACACCGUGUGGCUGCGGCACCAUCACCACCAAAUGCUCGGUACGCCCCAUGGGAAAUCCGCGCGCUACUGAUGCCUCUCAUUCCGGUGGGCGGCGCAACAGUUCCCCUCCGCGACAUUGUCCACUUACUCCCGACAGCGGCGCGGGAGGAGAUGCAGCGCGAGGGAAGCCCGUUAGCUUAUGUGAGGCGUCACCUGUCAGGGGAUGUUAUCGUCAAGGGAACCGAACUCUCUCGUCGAGCACUCGUUGUAGAUGGCGGAGGGACGCGGGGGAAAGAAGGAAUCUCAAUGUCAAUGCCUCCACCACCGCCGCCGCCGCCUGUCGCUGCGGGUCGAUUAGCAGCAGCAGCAGCAGCAGUACGACCCUCACAGGCAUCUGGUGGAGCCAAGACACAGCUGGAGGUCCUCGAUGCAUUGGUGGAAUUUGUCCCGACCUUCUUUGUUAACUCGCAGAUGGUGGCCGAUCAGCUGCCGAUGGAGAUCAGAAAACAGUUCGCUGACAGCAGCUUCCUGUUCUACAUCAAGCGCUUCCGGCACUACAUUGACAUUCGAGCGCAUCACGGGAACACAGAGAUACGCCUGCGCCCCGACUUCACCCACCCAAAACGCGGCAUCGCUGACGCCCGUUACACGACAGGGCUCAACAGCAGCGAUAUGAUGAGCCAACUGGCGCGUGGGCGCAGACCACCGCGAAACUCUGAGGCAAAUUUGAUUCAUUUUAUUGUGCCGCGCAUGCCGGCUGCCUACACUCCCAUCGCGACGGUGCUGCAGGACGUAUCGGAUAUCGUGUCGAGGCAUCCCUCGUUUGACCCGCGCCUCGGCGUCACUGGCCUCUUUGAGAAGUACCCUGAGUACUUCCAGAUUGUCGAUGCGAAGCUUCGUGUGCGUCCAUUCCGCAGCGCGCCCAACUCUUUGGACGACUUGAAUGCAUUAACUUCACCGCUCCCGACGAUCUACGCCAAGGUGAAAAAACUCGUGGAUGAGUAUGCGGAGGGAAAGGACUACGGCGUGGAAUCCGAGAAGGCGGCGGCGGUGGUGCCGACGGGAAAACUAUAUGCCCUGCUCACCAAUGCGGAAAAGUUGGAAGUGAAGGCACAGCAUCGUUCCUUUCCACGAUUCCUGCGGCUGCAUGGGGAGGAGAUCGUUGUCUCGGUAGACAACAUGAAGGUCUACCAGUUCCGUCCCACUUUCGAGAAGUGUGCGGAGACAAUCAUGGACCAGCGCCUCACGAUGAGCGCUCUCUCGCCAGACGACCCAGUGCUGAAGAUUCCCGCGGCGAUGGACGACGGCAGCACCGCUGACUGGGCUGUGCGUGAGUUGUACGACGCGCUCCCGCUCAUGCAGUGCGCAGAGCUUGACGAGGUCAUGUCGUUGGUGCCACCGUCUGUCAAGAAUGCCCUUCCGCCGCAGCAGGACAAACUGGUCGAGCACCUUGCUCUCUACCCCGAUUAUUUCAUGACGUGGCCGUACCCGGAUGACCCCAGUGUGACGGUUGUGCAGCGGGCGAAGUUGGAGCUGCUGCCGAUGGAGCAGGAGGACAUUGCGCGGAUGGUGAUGCCGCUUAUUCCGCAAGGUGGCAUUGACGCGUCGAAACUCCUGCGCCGUGUGCCGCUGCCACUCCAGCGACACCUGUACCGUCACGGGUUAAAGAAGGUGCUUGGUGGCAUGACGAACUACUUUUUGGUUGUCGGCGAUAAGGUGAUGCGCGUUGGAUGA